AUAAAAAAUAAAAAAAGCAUAAACAUAACAAUAUAGAAGAACGAAGUAACGAACACUGCAACACACUACCACCACCGCAACAACACAAAAACGAUGUCGUUUUCAACGGAGAAGAAGAAUCAUCAUUCUCAGAAAGAAAACCCUAACCCUAACCCUAAUUCGCCAUUGAAGAAACUAGGAACACGGUGGUCUGAUUUAUGGCUAAAACACACCAAAUCAAAACCUUUAAACCAAAUCGUUGUUGCUGCUGCAAUGCAACAGCUUCACUCUCUUUCAUCACCACGAAAAUCAAACCCUAAUUUCCCCAAUUUCUCAAUCAUUGAUCAAACCCUUUUGUUAUCUGAUGAAAUUCUUCUCAACAUUCUCUCAAAGCUUCCAGAUUCACAGAGAAAUGUGAAUUCAUUGGUUUGUAAAAGAUGGUUGAAUUUACAAGGUCGUUUGGUUCGAUCAAUUCGGAUUCGUGAUUGGAACUUUGUUUUAUCUGGUAGAUUGAUUUAUAGGUUCCCUAAUCUUAAUCAUGUUGAUUUGAUUCAUGGGUCAUUGAUUUUGACACAAAGUUCGAAUAUUUUGAUGAGUAGUAAUGUUUUGAAUAUGUAUAUUGAUUCUGGGUCGUCGCCGAAUUGGUUUAAUUGUGAGGAGAAUAUGCUUCCUGUUGAGGUUAUUGAUAAUGGUUUAGUUGCUUUAGCUAAUGGUUGUCCUAAUUUGAGAAGGGUUCAAGUGAUUGGUGCUAGUGAAAUGGGUUUGUUAAGUUUGGCUGAAGAGUGUUCUACAUUGCAGGAAUUGGAGUUGCAGAAGUGUAGUGAUAAUGUGUUAAGGGGGAUUGCGGCGUGUGGGAAUUUGCAGAUUUUGAAGUUGGUUGGGAAUGUUGAGGGAUUUUAUGGUUCGGUUGUUUCGGAUAUUGGUUUGACGAUUUUGGCUCAAGGUUGUAAGAGGCUUGUGAAGCUUGAGCUUUGUGGGUGUGAAGGGAGUUUUGAUGGGAUUAAGGCUAUUGGGAAGUGUUGUCAGAUGUUGGAGGAGUUGACAUUGUGUGAUCAUAGGAUGGAUGAUGGAUGGAUGGCUGCGGUUUCGUAUUGUGAGAAUUUGAAGACGUUGAGGUUACAGUCUUGUAAGAAGAUUGAUUUGAAUCCAGGACUUGAUGAGUAUUUGGGUUCUUGUCCUGCACUUGAGAGGCUGCAUUUGCUAAAGUGUCAGUUGCGGGAUAAGAAGAGCGUUUCAGCUUUGUUUUCUGUUUGCAGGGUUGCUAGGGAAAUUAUUAUUCAGGAUUGCUGGGGAUUCGAUAAUGGCAUGUUCGGCUUUGCAACUGUUUGCAGGCGUGUAAAAUUGUUUUACUUAGAAGGAUGCUCAUUGCUAACAACAGAAGGUUUGGAGUCUGUAAUACAUUCAUGGAAGGAGCUUCAAAGCCUUAGAGUAGUCUCAUGUAAGCAUAUAAAAGAUAGUGAAAUCUCUCCUUCACUUGCAACCUUAUUUACUACUCUCAAAGAAUUGAAAUGGAGGCCAGAUACCAAAUCACUUCUUCCAUCAAGUCUUGUGGGGAUUGCUAUGGGAAAGAAAGGUGGCAAAUUUUUUAAAAGGACAUGACAUGACUUUUAAAUUUUUCAUGCAGUGCUGUCAAUAGUUGGUCACGUAACUAGCAGUUUGUUCAAAUUCUGCUACGUUACAACGCUAUAGUGCCGCAAUAGUUGCCAUUUGACAACACUUUAUACUAAAUAGCGUAUUACGGAACAAUGGUGAUUUGUUCAAAUUUCACUAUGAUAUAGUGUUAAUAGUGCCACUAUAGUUGCUAUUAGACAACAAUGGUAGUAGUUUUUCAAUAAACCUAGGCAUUGUCUGAAAAACAGAUUAUUUUCACGGACAUGGUGAAACUGUAGCAUUACCAAUGUAAUAAUCACUUUUUUACCUUUAGUUUAGAUGUUGGCGGUGGAAGAUUGUUCUUUCUUGUUCUUCCUUUUGUCAGACUAAGGUUGAAGCCUAGCAAUGUAAUUAUGUAAAAGUUACGCCCAGUUCACUAUAGUGGAAAUUGGGUCCCCUUGUUCCUUUGCAUUUUCUUUAGACAAUGUUAAAGUUUAGUGAAGUAUUAACCGUUGUCUGUGGGCCUGUAGCUCUUGAA